GCUGGCAGAAAGUAUUUGAGAUGAACAAUAACACGUUUAAAAGGAGUCCGAUAUAUAAAUACUGGAACAUCUUGCCUAUUGAAAAGGUGAAAUUAGCUUUGAGAAAAAAUAAUACCGAUGUCCAUUCAUUAAUUUUCGACGGAAGAGGGACAACUUACAAAUCGUGGUUCAGUGACAGUAGACUCAUUUCCACACCGUGGUUUGGAAAUUUAUCAGCAAACUACAAUUUGUAUUUCAACGAAGAGAGAUUUGCCAUCUGGCCACAUACACUAUACAGUGCGAUGAAAGCACAAAAGAAGGAUGGUAACAACACAGGUUACGCUGUACAUUACAGAGAGAAUUUAAAAAAUGCAAGCGAGAGGAAUUAUGUAGAUGCUAUGGAUAUCUACAUCUUAUUGACAUAGAUAUAUACAUACAUACAAACAUA